CUUGUGGUUUCUCUCUUACAAGAAAGAGAGGGGCCCGAGUACAAACGUAGGACUUACAACUAAGUCCUCCCUGAUGAACCACUGGGAGAACGUGGUCUCCUUGGGCUGUGUUAACCUCACGGAGGACUCAAGGAACACAGUGAGAAGGGUUGGUAGAGGGAAUUGGGAGCACCUCUGGCUAGAUGGGGAAAGAAGGUGCUUGGGUCUAUGAAGAAAUAUUUAGAGCAAGGAAAUCCUGGAAGUGAAAAGUCCAACGAUCGGGAAAGGCAAGAACCCACCAGUUUACUACAAUGCAGGAUUUUGUAUGGAGAUGGCUGUCAUGGACGCACAAAGCUCCUGUGUUCCUUUGAUUAACAUACCGUAGGUGGAAGCCAAAAACACCAGACAAUGAAUCUUAUGGCAAGAGCCCUGUAUGAUAAUGUCCCUGAAUGUGCAGAAGAGUUGGCCUUCCGUAAAGGAGACAUUUUGACAGUGAUAGAACAGAACACUGAAGGCCUUGAAGGAUGGUGGCUCUGCUCCUUACAUGGCCGGCAAGGCAUCGUUCCAGGCAACCGUGUGAAACUUCUGAUAGGUCCAGUGGUACAGGACGGUCCAUCUGGCCAGGAUAUGCCCAGUUCAGGACUGACACAUCAGUCCUUCAACCAACAAAAAAUCUAUCAAGUGCCAACCUCGCAUGCUUCAGCACAGGACCCUGUCUACCAGGUGCCGCCUUCGCAUCUGAAUCAAGGAAUUUACCAAAUACCCACUGGUCAUGGUCUAGUGGUGCAAGAUAUUUACCAAGUGCCACCUUCCAUGCAGAGAUGCCUUGACGGUCCGCCUCUGAUUAACAAGGUAAUAACUCCAGUCAGGUCAGGCCAAGGUUAUGUUUAUGAAUUCCCUUCCAAAUACCAGAAGGAUACCUACGACAUCCCCCCUGUUCGCCCUCUCCAAGGGAUAUAUGACAUUCUCCCCACGUCGGCUAAGGAGACUGCACAUCCAGGUCCCAUGGGAGAAGCGAAAGCUUUAGGAGUCUAUGAUAUACCACCUGCCAAAGGGAUCUAUGCUAUACCUCCAUCUGCAUGCCGAGAUGAUACAGGCCUGAGGGAAAAUUUGCAGGAUUUUUCAUCUCCAAUGGGGCACAGUGCAAGACCAGAAGGAGUGUAUGAUAUUCCUCCUCCUAUCGUCAAAGCAGCUGGGAAAGAACCUAAUCAGAAAUUUUCUUCCGGGGGCCUUUUAUUGACUGAUGGAGUAACACACAAACAGAAUGUUUAUGACAUCCCUGUGAACCAUCAAAACCAUUUUCUUGGACAGCAAAUUGCACCUCAGAAAGACGUUUAUGAUACCCCAAGGGGAAUUGCAUUCCCAGGACAACAGACAGGACUCAUUGAAAGUCUGGUCUCAGAAGGAAGAGAAGGUGUAUAUGAUGUGCCACCACCAAUUUUCCAAGACACUAAAGGCUUACAGGAUGUGACUGAUGGGAUAAAUAGGUUGUCUUUCUCCAGCACAGGAAGCACAAGGAGUAACAUGUCCACAUCUUCAACAACGUCAAAAGACUCUUCUUUCUCAGCAUCAACUGCACAGGACAAAAGACUAAUCCUUGAUCCAGACACUGCUAUAGAGAGGCUUUAUCACCUUCAGCAGAUGGUGGAGACAGCUGUCAAUAACCUCAUGGCCUUCACUACAGCAGACUGGCGGUCUUACGGACAUAUGGAGAAACACAUCAAUGAAAUUCAUGCUGCUGUGGAUAAGGUAGAGCAGUCACUGCUGGAAUACCUUCAGUUUGCAAAAGGGUCAGCAGCCAGUGCUUCCUGUCUGUCUGAGCUCAGCCUCUACAACAAAAUGAAGAGGGAGGUGCAAAGGCUGGAGGACUCUCACCAGAUCCUUACCCAAACCAGCCAUGACUUGAACAGCUACAAUUGGUCUUUGAAUGUUCUAGCUGCUAACAGACUGCAGAACAGGUGUGAUGACCUAGACCGGUUUGUUAUGGUGGCAAAGACAGUCCCGGACGAUGCCAAGCAGCUGACCACCACCAUCAGCAUCAAUGCUGAGGUGCUCUUCAAACAGGUGUUGAGCAGCUCACAUUUCAGGAACGUACCAGAGAAUAUGAACGCUCCUGACUACGUAUAUAACAAUCCUCAUAUGCAACAUCAUGGAGAAAAAACACAGAAUCACUGUGGUUCCCUUCCUCCGCUCCUGAGUAAAGGUCAGCACCCUCACAAUACCACCAGCAAGAGCUUAGAAAAGAGCUGGAUGGAUGACUACGAUUACGUUCAUCUUCAGGGGAAAGACGAGUUUGAGAGGCAACAGAAGGAGCUGCUGGAAAAAGAAAAUAUCAUCAAGCAGAGCAAAAUGGAGCUAGAACACCAUCAGAUCAAUCAGUUUCAACAGCUGGAGCAAGAGAUCACAAAGCCUGUAGAGAACGACAUUUCAAAAUGGAAGCCACCUCAAGCUCUCCAGAUUGCAAACAGCGCUGCUGCCUCUCAUGACAGAGAGCCGCUUUUAUUCUACUCUGACCAAUACGAGACUCAUUUCAAUUACCUCCUAAACACCAUCGAUGCCUUUUUCAGUUGCAUCAACAGUUCUCAGCCCCCCCGAAUCUUUGUUGCCCACAGCAAACUCGUCAUUUUGAGCGCUCACAAACUCGUGUUCAUUGGAGACACACUCACACGGCAAGUGACAACUCAGGACAUACGCAACAGAGUGAGGAACUCCAGCGACCAGUUGUGUGAACUGCUGAAGAGCAUCGUGAUGGCUACAAAGAUGGCUGCCUUGCAUUACCCUAACACCGCCACGCUACAGGAGAUGGUGGACCGAGUAACAGAGCUGUCUCAUCAGGCACAGUUGUUUAAACUCUCACUAGUCCAGAUGGCAUCCUUAUGAAACAAAGCAGAACAUGACCCACGAACAGUGAAACAGAAAAGAAAACUGGAACUAUUUUUAUGUAAACAUUAUCAUUUAUUUUUUGAAGAUAUUUUAUAUGAAAUGUUUUAAAUAUGUUCUUACGAGUUAGAGAAUCUAAAGAAAUCAGGGAUCUGGGAAUAUAUCUUGCUCUGUAUUGUAUUUCUAAUAUACAUUUAGACAUGUAUACACUCUGUAUAUGUUGCUACAUUCCCUAAAACAUCAUUAAGCACCUUAAAGUAUGCGUCGGGUAAGCAGUGCAUAUCUUUUGUAUAUACUGCUGUUUCUUCAGUAUAUUUAACUGGAUGCUGCACUCUUCUUGAUUCAUUCCAUCUUAAUUUUGGCACAUAGACUGGUUGUGAAAUCUCCUUGUAGCAAUCCAUGAAGCAAGUGUAAUAGUUCUCACAGAACCCCAUUCCCUUGAUGGAAUUAACCUAGUAAUUUCCAAGAACUUUAACUUCCCUCUCACUGUUUUGUUAUAUACAGGAUUCAAUCAUUCUGAGUAGUAUAUAUGCACAACUGCAACAAGCAACAAAGUAUGUUUUUUGGGGAGAAAAGCAUGUUUAGGCCAUAUAAGAAACAACUUUCUAAGAAUGAAAGAACUGUACAUAUUAAAUAUCUUAUGGCAUUCAAAUUUUGCUGUUUCUAAUAACUAUACAAUAUCAGAUUUUAAAACCUGGAGUCUCAGCAACAUAGAUUUACGUUUACCUUGUAUAUCCUUGCAUCAGCAAUUAAAUUAAAGUCAUGGUCAAAA